CUGUCGAGUCUUCAAGCUUUCACAGGCGAAGAAGAUAAAGGUGAGUUCUUUCGCUCUUUGUAUUUUCGAUCCCGAAAUCUAGGGUAAUUUCUUGAAUAAUAGCCAUGCAGAUCCGUUAGAUCAACCCUAAAUUUUCGCAUUCAAGACUAAUAAUCAAGGUUUCCUUUGCGUAUUGCAUUAGGAUCUGUUGUUGGUCUGUGAUUUCAUUAGGCUUUGCAAGAUGGAGAGCAUGAAUAGCUUUUGGCAAUUGGGCGAUGAACUCCGAGGACAAUCAAAGGUCUCUGAGGAUCACAAGUGGCUGAUGGUUGCUUCUAAAUUGGCUGAGCAGACAAGGUCAAAGGGGGAACGGUUCAAUAACCUUGAUCUAUCCAAAGGUCCAUCUGAAAUAAGGCCAAGGGAUAGAAAUGUGUUUCAGGAAGAUAAUAAAUUUGAAAACCUUAACUUCAACAUGUUGAACUUGGAACCCAAAGUGACUGACAACAUGAACAAAAGUAAUUUCAGGAAUGGUCUUUACAACAUGAAUGCAGCAUACCCGAAAAGUAAUGCCAAUGUUAUGGGAAAUGUGAAUGUUAACAAGCAUAAUGGCAAUCACAACAACAAAGAGCUAAGCAGCAAUAGCAAUAACAGUAAUACCAAUAAUGAGAACACCGGUGGCAACAGUGCAAUGGACAAAAGGUUCAAGACCUUGCCUGCUUCAGAGACACUCCCUCGAAAUGAGGUUCUUGGAGGGUACAUCUUUGUGUGUAACAAUGAUACCAUGCAGGAAGAUUUGAAGCGACAACUAUUUGGUCUACCUCCAAGAUAUAGAGACUCUGUUCGGGCUAUAACACCAGGCUUACCUUUGUUUCUCUAUAACUACACUACUCACCAAUUGCAUGGUAUUUUUGAGGCAGCUAGUUUUGGGGGCUCUAACAUUGAUCCAACCGCAUGGGAAGACAAAAAAUGCAAAGGCGAAUCGAGGUUUCCUGCUCAGGUAAGGAUCCGUGUUAGGAACCUAUGCAAGGCAUUGGAGGAAGAUGCUUUUAGGCCUGUCCUGCAUCACUAUGAUGGACCUAAGUUCCGCCUUGAGCUUUCAGUUCCAGAGGUAAAUAAGUGUCCCAAUAAGAUUUGGUGUACAAAUUUUUGGGGUUGUACCUUUUCUUUUUCUUUGCUUAUAGUUGAAUAUAUAUAUAUAUAUAUAUAUACAUUAAGCCUAGUGUUUUUAUUGUUUGUAUUUAUUUUGAACUGAGUUUUGUUGGUGAUUCUGCAGACCCUGGACUUGUUAGACCUAUGUGAACAAGCAGGCCGCCAAUAGAAUGGCUCUCCAGUAUAAACAAAUGUUGGAUGUAAUAUGCAAAUGUAGUAGGUUCUGUGGUGUGUGUCAGCUCUGUGCUUCUCACAGAUUUUCCGUAGAGCGUAAGCUUGGAAGGCAAGUCCAGACUGAGUGUGAUACUGGAUUUGCCUCGAGGAAAAUAGGAAAAAGUUGUGUGAGCUAGCUGAAUAAGCAUGUUAAUGUAUUAUGAAGAUAUUUCCUAAGUUGCUACAUGUUGUAGUCUUUUCAAAAAAUACCUUGAAUAUGGAAAAGAGAACAACAGCUACAUGUAAUGUUAAAAGAGUCCUGAAAAUUUGUGGGGCUUGAUGUGUUCCUAUUGUGCAUUAGACUUGAGUAA